GGCGGCCUAGACAGCGGUAGUGGCUCGUACUCUGCUUUUUUAGUUUCCUCCGCCCCCUCCCGUCGGACGCUGUUGUGUGGUUGCCUUAAAAAAACCAACUUUAUUGUUCCUCAGCCCCACCUCCCGGCGCGGCGGCGUCCUCAGGAUGCACUGAGGUGGAAGGGAGGGGAGGCGGCGGAGGGUCGCGGUCGCGGUCCCUCUCCUCCGAGCGCCCGGCCGGAGGGGAGGGAAUCACAAUGUCUGGUAGCCGCCAGGCCGGGUCGGGCUCCGCUGGGACGAGCCCUGGCUCCUCGGCGGCCUCCUCGGUGACUUCCGCCUCCUCGUCCUUAUCCUCUUCCCCGUCGCCCCCUUCCGUGGCGGCUUCGGCGGCGGCGCUGGUGUCCGGCGGGGCGGCCCAGGCCGCGGGCUCGGGCGGCGGCGGCGCCCCGGUGCGGCCUGUGUUGGUGGCGGCCGCCGUGUCGGGCAGCGGCGGCGGGAGCGGCGGCGGGGCGGUGUCCGCGGGCCUGUCCCGGCUCAGCUGCGCGGCCAGGCCCAGCGCCGGCGUAGGAGGGAGCAGCUCCAGUGUAGGCAGCGGCAGCAGGAAGCGACCUCUGCUCGCCCCGCUCUGCAACGGGCUCAUCAACUCCUACGAGGACAAAAGCAACGACUUCGUAUGCUACAAGUGUAUUCAUCAGAGUUUGGAGGACAAUAAUAGAUGUCCCAAGUGUAACUAUGUUGUGGACAAUAUUGACCAUCUAUAUCCUAAUUUCUUGGAUAUUGGUAGGCAUCAAGUAGGACACUAUUGGGAAUCACAUGCAGCCCAACUACAGAUUCUUAUGGAAUUCCUCAAAGUUGCAAGAAGAAAUAAGAGAGAGCAACUGGAACAGAUUCAGAAGGAGCUAAGUGUUUUGGAAGAGGAUAUUAAAAGAGUGGAAGAAAUGAGUGGCUUAUACUCUCCUGUCAGUGAGGAUAGCACAGUGCCUCAAUUUGAAGCUCCUUCUCCAUCACACAGUAGUAUUAUUGAUUCCACAGAAUACAGCCAACCUCCAGGUUUCAGUGGCAGUUCUCAGACAAAGAAACAGCCUUGGUAUAACAGCACAUUGGCAUCAAGACGAAAACGACUCACUGCUCAUUUUGAAGACUUAGAGCAAUGUUACUUUUCUACAAGGAUGUCUCGUAUCUCAGAUGACAGUCGAACUGCAAGCCAGUUGGACGAAUUUCAGGAAUGCUUGUCUAAGUUUACUCGGUAUAAUUCAGUACGACCUUUGGCCACAUUGUCGUAUGCUAGUGAUCUCUAUAAUGGUUCCAGCAUAGUCUCCAGUAUUGAAUUUGACAGGGAUUGUGACUAUUUUGCAAUUGCUGGGGUUACAAAAAAGAUUAAAGUCUAUGAAUAUGGCACAGUCAUCCAGGAUGCAGUGGAUAUUCAUUACCCUGAGAAUGAAAUGACCUGCAAUUCCAAAAUCAGUUACCUCAGCUCAACAGACAGCCAGCUGAAACUGUGGAAUGUAGGGAAACCAUACUGUCUACGUUCCUUCAAGGGUCAUAUCAAUGAAAAAAACUUUGUAGGCCUUGCUUCCAAUGGUGAUUAUAUAGCUUGUGGUAAGUAA